AUGUUGAUUGUGAUGCUGAAACUGGAGAAGGUCCAGGCUGGGGAGGCCCUGAAAUCUGCCAGCUGGGGGGGGUUUGCAGCGGUUUGUAACCCCCUCCCCUGCUUCUCCCAGGCGCCCCCGGCAGAGCGUCCGGCCCCCCUGCGAGCCCAGGGAGAAGCCGCCGAAGCCGAGGGGCAGUGGCAAAGCAAGAAGCUGCUGGAGGUCCCUGCAGUGGUCAGUAAAUCCCGCGCCCGGGACGUGCGUUUCCGGCUCUCCCCGGUGCCGACCCCCCUCGCCCUGUGGCUGCAGGAACAGGCGGCAGCCGAGAGGCGGAAGAUCGUCUGGGAGUGGCGGGAGCUGCGAGGGUUUCUGGAGGAGCAGGAGCAGCGGCUGCUGUCCUGGCUGGAGGAGCUCGAGAGAGCCAUUGUUUCCAGAGACGGGACCGUCCUUGCCCGGCGCCCCCGAGUGCCUCCCCGGCCCCUUCCCGCUGCCCAACCUCUCCCACAGCCUAGCUCUCUCACCCCCGGCUGCGUGGGGGCGGCGGUGGCUCCAGGCAGCGCCGAUUCGGCCACCACAUCCGCACGGAGUCAGAACCCGCAGAACCAGAGCGUCCCACAGAAAGCUCCCAAGCCCGUCUCUGUUCCUUUCCCCUGA